AUGACCACCCCAUCUACUCCUUCUCAUUCGGGCCCAGAGAAUCUGGUUACCGUCAAAGUACUUUACAAUGACAGUAACCGUCGCUUCAAGAUGCCUCUCAGGGAGCUGAAGGCCCAGGUGUUUCCCCAGGUGCUUAGGAAACUGCUCGGGGUUCCGGCGGAUGUCAACGUCAUCCUUGAACGCUAUUCCGACAGUGCUGGUUCUUACAUUCGCUUAGAUUGUGACAACAUCGCAGUCUACAAACAACUCUACCGAGCUGCUAAGGCCAAGUCUAAACUCCGUAUCAAGGUCACUACUCUUCCUUCCCAAAACACAUCUGCACCAUCACCAGUACCAUCAGAACCCACUGUGCCGAUGGAGUCAACCUACCACCCUCGUCACAGUUAUCUCGAAACGGUCCUGAGUCCUCUACCACCUCCCAAAAUCCUCCCUACUCUCCCUCUUAUUGAGUCGACCCAAGUUCCUCAUCUCACCGAUGAGACAGAGUUGCCUCUCGGUCAACCUCACUACCGCACAUUUGAGAUGGACCAAGAAAAGCAUCAGUUCCCGGUCAUCUCUCACAGCUCGUCCAACGGGAUGUUCUGCAUUGACUGCAAUCACUGUGGUCGUUCUAUUGCAAAUGCGCAUUAUCACUGCAGCAUUUGCGAGAACGGAGACUAUGACUUGUGUCUACAAUGUGUCGGUGCCGGGGCAUCUUGCCGCGGCGAAGGUCACUGGUUGAUCAAGAGGACAGUUAAGGAUGGUGUCGUCACAAACAGUACCACCGAGACUAUUGCUCCUCGUGAUCAAUCAGCAGUGGAGUUCAACCCCAUGCUGCCUACUCAGAUUCAGCGCGAGGUGAUUACCAAGCCGGUGGUCCACGUCCCCGAGUCGGUCCCUGAACCAGUCCCUGAGUCGAUUCAGGAAUCAAUUCCAGAGUCAAUCCAAGAGUCGAUUCCAGAGUCCAUCCAGGAGUCGAUUCCAGAGCCAGUGGCCCCGCCGGCUUGUUUGGAUGCAGCCAUUCAGGGUGAUGACAAGCCAAUGUGCAAUGGAUGCUGCCGCGAAGCCGACGAAAGCAACCUUGUCCGCUGCAAUGAAUGCGAGGACUAUGACCUUUGCCUUCGCUGCCUCCUCCGAAAUAAGCAUGGACACCACCCUGGCCACACCUUCCACCUGGGAUCGGAUCGAAACUUCUGCUUGAAGAAUCUGAUCACCUCUCGCUGUCUUCCUGGUCGGCAGUUCCGACACGCCGCGGUCUGUGACGGCUGUGACAAGCGUAUCGUUGGUGUUCGUCACAAGUGCUUAGCCUGCCCCGAUUGGGACUUCUGCCCCGAAUGCAUUUUGACUGCUUCUCAGAGUCACCCGAGUCAUCGGUUCGUGCAGGUUUACGAUACUAUUGGUGAACCUGCUCGGGAACAUGAAAUCCACUAUGGCAUCUUCUGUGACGGUCCUCUGUGCAAGAGCAAACCUGCCCAGAAUUACAUCAGCGGAGUUCGCUACAAGUGCGCUGUCUGUGAUGACACCGACUUCUGUGCCAGCUGCGAGGCUCUUCCGACUGACCACCACAACCGCACUCAUCCGCUGGUCAAAUUCAACACUCCCGUCCGCAAUGUGACUGUGAGCACCAUAGGCGACGACGGCUUGAGUGGAGCAGUUGCCCUGGGUGACCAGGUUCAUGCCCCUACUCGUCCCACUCGACCCGUUGACCAGGCCGAAGUUGAGGAGCAGGAACCCGUUGAGGUGGAUGCUAGCAGCAAGGCUGUGGAGAAGGUUGAGCCUCAGCCAUUCCUGAGCAAGCCCAUUCCCGAGACCGAUGACUCUGUUAUGUCGGAAUACAAGGCAUUCUUUAUCCGUGACACUAUCACGGACGGUACAAAGAUGGCUCCAAACACCACAUUCCGCCAAACCUGGACCCUCUACAACCCUGGUCCUGCAGCGUGGCCCGUUGGCUGUGAUGUGCGCUUCGUCGGUGGAGACAAGAUGUUCAAUGUCGAUGUCUGCCACCCCUCUAGCGUCGAGUCGAUUCGCGCCGCCAUGGAAAGCAACAAAUUGCUUGCCCCUGUGGAGCCAGGCGAGAGUGCUGACUUUACUGUCAACCUCCGCACCUCUCAGCACGAAGGCUCUGCUAUCUCCUACUGGCGUCUGAAACUCCCCAACGGUGUGGCAAUCGGUCAUCGUCUGUGGUGUGAUGUCGAGAUACAGUCUACUUCUCUGGAAGAAGCCGGCACCAGCGAGACCUACCCUGCCGCGUCUGAAAUUGCCGGCAGUGGCAUGAUCUUCCCCAAGCUGGAGAAGGAAUCUCCGGGGUCAAGCACUCACCAAUCCGAGACUCCUGCACCGCAGGCACCGAGCUUGUCGAAUUCUUCGGAGGUGGAUGUUCUAGAGGAUGUUGAGAGCCUGACUCUGGACGAUGCCUCCACUGAUGCCGACACUGGCUUCCUGACUGACGAAGAAUAUGACGUUCUUGACGCCAGCGAUCAGGAAUAUCUUGAGGCCAAGCAAUCCGCAAACUGA